AUGCUUUCAAAAGACGAUGCGUACUUGGAGGGCGACUAUGACAUUGUGGCCGCUGCGAAUGGCGCGACGCCGAGCCGGGGCAGCCAAAAAUCGUCGUCUGCUGGCAUUUCUGUGCUGACGAGCGAGCCAACGACCGCGCACCGGCCAGUGAUGUACCCGACGGUCAUUCCGGAGGACCAGCGGUCGGGCGCUGGCGACGACGACGAGGGCCGUCGGUCCUGGACCCACCACUACGUCGGCGCUCCCGGAACGCUUCUCGGCGCGGUCCUUGGCCUCGUGCUCGGCUCCGUGCUCGCGAUGGAGUCGGUCAAGUCGGAGCUCAAGCAAUUCGAGUACACGGAGAAGCUCAUCGUGCGCUGGGGCGCGCUCUACUUUCGCGCCGUGAGCUGUCUUCUCGUGCCGACCGUCUUCGUGAGUCUGGCGCGCGCGGUGGCCGACAUUGUGUUCAACCCGCGGCUCACACGCAUGGGGUGGCGCAUCGUUGCGUACUCGCUGCUCACGACGAUCCUCGCGGUGGCCCAAGCCAUGGCGUGGGGCUAUCUCUUCGCCGACAAGUACGACGGCGCAACGUACAUGUUCAAGUACUCUGGCUACUCGAUCACGUGCCCGCACAACAAGACCGAGUUUCUACGCAUGGCACCUAACGGCACGCUCAACUGCGGACCGCUGCCGUCGCGCCAGAUCCGCACCAUGGUCUUUCCGCUCUACGACACUACCAAGCAGCUCGUGCUCGCGCCGGAUAUUCGCAAGCUCAUCUACUACGAGUCGACGACCAAGGAGAUUUUACAUGGUUUGCUGCUUCUGACACCGGGCAACGUCGUUGGCGCGUGGUACCGCAACGAGGUCAUGAGCAUCGUGGUUUUUGCCAUGGUGUUUGGGCUCGCCGUUGGUCUCGCGCAAGUCAAGCCAUUGCUCAAGCUCCUCAUCGGCCUCGAGACGAUCUUCAACACGAUGAUGGCGACGGUCGUCAAGACCGCGCCCAUCGCACUCAUCUCGCUCAUUGCCGGCCCCGUGUACGCUGGCACGCACGUGCUCACGCUCGAGAAGGACCUUGGCCGCAUCCUCUACUACGUACUGACAUUUUUUUGCGCGACGCUCGUCCACGCCUGCGUCGUCCUGCCACUUUUGUUUCUGCUUCGGACCAAGCAGUCGCCGUGGCGCUUCUUGGUGGUGCUGAAAGAAGGCUUGCUGCAUGCCCUCGGCAGCUCGGCGUCCAUGAACUCGCUACCGGUCGUCUCGCGCUGCUUUGAACGCGCAUCCGGUGUCCACGCCAACGCCCGCACGCGCUUCGCCUUGGCCACCGGCAUGGUCUUUACGAAAAACGGCGGCGCGCUCUACAUUACGCUCUCGCUUCUCUGGGUGCUCCACAACUCGGGCAUGAUGCGGUACAUCUCCGACACCAAGAUGGGCCUCGUCGCCUUCUCGUCCGUGAUUGGCGCCUAUGCGAUCGCACCCGUCCGGACAGGCGGUGUCGCCGUCGUGCUGUCGCUGUUUACCAUGAUCACGGGCCUCUCGAUUCCGUACGCGAUGCACUUUCUGCUCGUCGCCGAGUGUUUUUUGGAUCCGAUUGCAACGGUUGUGAAUACGUGGAGCAACGCGGUGAUUGCUCGCAUCGUGUUGCACGAAGAGAAGCUGUUGAAGCCGCGGUCGCACGCGUAG